AUGUCUGAUUUACCAUAUUACUGCCAUAUAUGCAGCAGAGUUGUUUACAUUGAGGACCGAGUGGUGUGCCCGCACUGCCAAGAGUCUUUCCUGGAGCUCCAUGUAGAAGAGGUAGAAGAGAAAGAGGAGGACGGCGGGGCUUCCUCGUGUGUAGGGAAUAUUUUUAGUUUUGCGCUCUUUGGGUGCCAAAAAAAGACAUCUACAAGAAACAGAGCCAGAACGAUAACAUCGGACAGAAGAAACUAUGCGAUAGGCCCAGAGAUAGACGAUAUAAUCUCGAGGCUCAGAGACGAAAAAGGCGUAGAAGAGAACCCAGCAACGAAAGAGCAGAUAGAUCUGCUGAAAAUUCUGGCACUUCCUGUGGAUGAAGCGUGCACAAUAUGCUUCUGUCCAUUUGAGCCAGGGAAUAAGGGGUAUAAGUAUCCGUGUAAUCACCAUUUUCACAUCGAGUGCUCAGAUGCCUGGCUUAAGCUGCAGUCAGACUGUCCCCUCUGCAGAAAAUCUCUGUGA